AUGUUUGUGAACGAGACUCAGGGAAACAGCACCGCGGUGGUGGCGGAGGAGGACGCGCUGAACCGGCCGCCCUGGGUCAGCACCACACUCGGCUGCUUCCUCAUCUUCACCAUCGUGGUGGAUAUACUGGGGAAUCUGCUGGUCAUUUUCUCUGUUUAUAGGAAUAAGAAACUUCGUAAUGCUGGUAACAUCUUUGUGGUGAGCUUGGCCGUAGCCGACCUGGUGGUUGCCCUGUACCCAUACCCUCUGGUUCUGGCAGCCAUCUUCGGCGGUGGGUGGCGAGCAGGCGCAGCGCAGUGUCAGGUCAGCGGCUUCCUGAUGGGCGUCAGCGUGGUCGGCUCCAUCUUCAACAUCGCUGGAAUCGCUGUGAACCGUUACUGCUACAUCUGCCACAGUCUGCGAUACGAGCAGCUAUUCAGCGAGCGCAACUCUGCAUGCUAUGUGGCGCUAAUCUGGGCGCUUAGCAUGCUGGCUGUGGUGCCAAACGUGUUUGUCGGGUCGCUGCGCUACGACGCACGUAUCUACUCCUGUACAUUCAUGCAGUCGGCGAGCGCUGCUUAUACGCUGGCCGUCGUUUUCUUCCACUUCCUGCUGCCCAUCCUGGUGGUGGCGUACUGCUACCUGCGCAUCUGGGCGCUGGUGAUCCGGGCGCGGAGGCGAGCCAGACCCGAGAGUCGACCGGCCGGCAUGACGCCGCAGGACAUACGCAACUUUGUUACAAUGUUCGCCGUGUUCGUUCUCUUCGCCGUAUGCUGGGCACCGCUUAACGCUAUUGGGUUAGCAGUUGCGCUAGCGCCCGAGCGUGUUGUACCUGAAUGGCUUUUUGUAUCCAGUUACUUUCUGGCGUACUUCAACAGCUGCCUCAAUGCCAUCAUUUACGGUGCGCUCAACCAGAACUUUCGCCGGGAAUACAAGCGUAUCGUGGUAGCCGUGUGCACAGCUAGCACUUUAUUUACGGAAAACUCGAAUGACAUGCAGGAGAGGCUACGUAGCAAAGCUUCGCCACCCAUCACCAACAACAACCAGGUCAAAGUGGACUCAGUGUGAGGUGUGUGUAUGACUUCACAAUAAUACU